AUGGGCUCCCAGGUGAAAACACGACCAGGGGGACGGGACCUGGAAGGCAAAGUGCAGUCUGGGGCAGAGUUAGAAAAUAUGGCUUCAGCUGUGAAGGAGGGACACAGGGGAGGGACAAGAAGUGGAGAAAAAACUGGAAGGGGUGCAGCUAAACCAGAACUUGUCACAGAGACUAUACCUUCUACUGUGACUGACAAUGAGAACAGGGCUGGGCCUGAAGAUAAAGUUGAAAGUAGAGGUGGACUUGCUCCAGGGAUGAAGCCAGAGAUUGAGGCAGAGAUUGAGGCUAAAUCUAGCUCAAGGCAAGUGGAAAACAGGACUGUAACAGAAGCUGUUUGUGCAGCUACAGUUAACAAUGAGGUUGGUUCAGCAGAAGAGUCCAGAGUAGAAGCUAAAAUUGAGACAGAAGUUAAGAUCAUUCCAACAUCUGAGUCUGAGGCAGUACCAGAGGAUGUGGUUAGUAACGAGACAGCCACUAGAACUAACACUGAGACUGGGGUUGUUAGUGAAACCCAGAUCAGCAACAAGACUACAGAUAAGGCUCAAAUAUGUGUUGUGGCUGGGGAUAAAACUGAUACUGUACCUGCAGAUCUUUCUGAUAAAAAGUCUUUGGACAUUGAUAAAAUUGAAUCUAGCCAUGUAGAGAAGAGUUCCAGGUCCCAGAAGUCCAAAUCAUCCAAGUCCAAGUCCAGUUCCAGGACACGACCUGGCACAGCCACAGGGCUCCGACCAGGCGUGGUAAGUCCUCGACUAAGCAGAGGGCUUGGAGAUCUUGAGUCGACAGGUCCUUCUGAGGGCAUUGAGUCCACCUGGCCUCGUCGAAUCAUUGUCAGAAAGAGGACUGUCCGGCAGGGUGGGGCACUUCACAACCUUCCCAUUCUGCCCCCACUCCCCUCUGUCCUCUCAGCAUUAGAGAAGAGGCGCCCGCAUGCCCACCUCCACUCCCGUCAAGGCCACUUCUCAGAGAAUCCGCUGACAGCUAUUAUUAAUUCUACAAGCAUUGUGGGACGAUGCUCACUUAAAGAACCUUCCCACCAAGAACCAGGACUGGGGACCAGUUUGGUAGGCAGGGCUUCACUGAAGGAGCAGAACUUGGAGCACUGGAGAGUCUGCAGAGAGCAGGAAGAACCCAGGAGAUCCAGGAGCAAGGAGAAACAGGGAGAGCAGAGUAAGGAGAAGACAGAGGAGAGGACGGGGAAGGAGGAGAAGCGAAGAGAGGAGAUAGACAAAAGAGAGGAGAAAGUGGUUAAGGAGAAAGAGAGACUUAGUGUAAGUGAGGGGCUGGUGGAGGAAACCAAACGAGAAACGUCAGAUAGAAGUGUUGAAGACGAAGUACAAGAGGAUGGAAACGAAAAGGAAGAUGUGAAAAAGGAAAGGAGUGUAGAAAUAAUCUGUGAAAAGGUGGAGGACAGAGAAAUGACAAUUAAGGAUGGAAUACAGGAGCUGAACGGACAAGAGUUGGAGGAGGUGGUGGCUAAAUCAAAGAAAGAAGAAGGUGAGGUGGAGGGAGGAGAAGGAGUUACAUUUGGAGAAGAAGGGGGGAUAGAGAGUUGGGACGCUGUCCUUGACAUGGUCAACACAUUGUGGGAGGAUGGCUGGGAGAAAGGGGGAGCAGGGGGAGGUGGUGAUACAGACUCACUCUCUGGCUCCCUGCAACGUUGGCCUCUCCUACGGCCUCCGAUUGGCUUUGGGGGCUCCCACCCGCCUUCAUCAGCAGCCUCUGAGCUCAGCCUGACAGAAUUGGAAAGGAGAGCCAGAGAGCUGGACUCUGACCUGGAACACCUAGACCUGUCUCAGCCCCACAGGGACACCCAGGAUGCAUACCAAUCACUGCUGGAGCCACAGAGGGAACGGGCUGACAUGUACCAAACACACCCUGGGCCGCAGAGAGAGAAAGCUGCUCUCAUGACAGGAGUGGGGAGCAGAUCCCAGGUCAGUUUGGAGCUCAGUGGGAUGGCCUCACCAGCUACAGACACAGACAGACCUCCGGACUGGCCAAACAAAUCUGCUGGGACCUCCACUGUUGGCACAAGCUCCGCUAAGGAGGACAGCUCUCCAGACUCCAACCUUACGCUGGAGUCCGACUCCAGCGGCGUCUUCCUCUCCUUAUCCAAUCAGAGCCAGGAGGAGGCCAGCUCUGACAGUGACCAGCCAAUCAGUGGCUCUGACCUUGGCAGCAGCAGCACGUCACUGGAGAAAGACGGGGAAGAUGGAGGUUUAAAGGAAUGGGGGAGGGAGGAGAGUGCAGAACUACAGUGGUGCUACCCAUCACUCCUUAAUACCUCCAUGAAUGAAGACAUAGAAGGAGAUAACGGAAAAGAGGAAGCAGGACAUGGAAAGACAGUGAGAGAUGAAGAGAGAGGCAAAGAUGAUAGUGGAAGAAGGGUUGGUAAGAUAGGAACAGUUUCAGUAAUUAAGACCCAAUUCGACCAUACAGCUAUUGAGGGCUCCACAACUUUUAUUGCCCCGCAAAAUGAAGAGGUACCACCCAGGAAAAAAGUGACCCUCAUGGGAGGGGACAUUCCUCUUCCUCUGUCUCCCUCAAAACAACCAAUCAAACACCUCCUAGAUCCCAAUCAGAAGCCAAUCAGAAGCUCAGGACUGGACUGUGGCGACAUAGAUCCCUUUGUCCAAUCAGACAGCUUUGUUUACCUUGCAGUGUCUGCAAGACCUGCCUCCCAGGGUGAAGUCACCUCACUGACAGCAGUUCCCACCCAUGGUAUUAAGCAAGACACUGUACAGCAACAUAUGGAUAGCAUGAAAACACACUUGGACCAGUCCAAUACAGAACGGAUCACUAAGCCAACUCAUCUUGGCCCACAAAAACCAGAGGAAGGAGACUUUCUCUGCACUGAUAGCUUUGUCUACCUGGCUGCUCCAGCCUGCCUCCUGUUGGGCCCUGCAGGAGGCGCACCAUACAGUGGCAGGGAGUCAGACUCAGAGAGUUCAGGAUCUGGCCCCGUCGAUCUGUCAGUACUCGGUUGUGGCUCUGUGGCAGGGGACAGUGACUGGGACUCAGACCUAUCAGACUCUGAUCCCAGUCGCUCCUCCAGAAUCUCUGCUGCUGGUAGCAAAACUGCUGGUGCAGCACGUUCUAAGCGGAUGUCUGCUGAACCUGGUUGGGACUUGUUUGGGGAAACCACCGAACCUGAAGUGCUGAGUGAGCUCUUCACGGAACAGGAUAAAAACCACAAUGGCAAAGCAAGAAAGGUUACCAGGGUCACCACCAGCCUGGCAGAUACACCAACCAUUCCCAUGGCAACUCAGCAUGUCACUACGCCAAUGACACGGGCGACAACAGUGGAGUCAACAUCAAAGAAGGUGACAUGGCAGUUUAAGCCAGCCCAGAGGUCAGUCUGCACAGGAAGCAGAAAGGAGAAAGACAAGGAAUCGGCGUCAUCAUCGUCAUCUGUAAGGUUCUCAGAACUGGGAGGAGGCGAGACCUACAGACCCUCCCCUUCAUCUUCAUCGUCUUCAUCAUCGUCACCAUCUUCAUCGUCCUCUGGUUGA